AGCACUGAAGAGAAAGGAUUUGGCUAUAAGGGUUCCUCCUUUCACAGAAUUAUUCCAGGAUUCAUGUGCCAGGGCGGUGACUUCACACACCAUAAUGGCACUGGUGGCAGGUCUAUCUAUGGAGAGAAAUUUGAGGAUGAGAACUUCAUCCGGAAGCAUACAGGUCAUGGCAUCUUGUCCAUAGCAAAUGCUGGACCAAACACAAAUGUUUCCCAGGUUUUUAUCUGCACUGCCAAGACUGAAUGGCUGAAUGGCAAGAGUGUGGUCUUUGGGAAGGUGAAAGAAGUCAUGAGCAUUGUGGAAGCCAUGGAGGAUUUUGGGUCCAGGAAUGGCAAGACCAGCAAGAAGAUCACCUUUUCUGACUAUGGACAACUCUAA